AUGUCGCUCGCCAACAAGCUCUCCAUCAACGAUGUUGAUCUCAAGGACAAGAGGGUCCUGAUCCGCGUCGACUUCAACGUCCCCCUCGACGCCGACAAGAAGAUCACCAACAACCAGCGCAUUGCCGGUGCUGUGCCUACCAUCAAGCAUGCCAUUGACAACGGCGCCAAGGCUGUCGUCCUCAUGUCCCACCUCGGCCGCCCCGACGGCAAGGUCAACGCCAAGUACAGCCUUGAGCCCGUCGUCGCCGAGCUCGAGAAGCUGCUCGGCAAGUCUGUCCAGUUCACCAAGGACUGCGUCGGCCCCGAGGCUGAGGAGGUCGUGAACAAGGCCACCGGCGGCCAGGUCGUUCUGCUCGAGAACCUGCGCUUCCACGCCGAGGAGGAGGGCUCCUCCAAGGACGAGAACGGCAACAAGGUCAAGGCCGACAAGGCCAAGGUCGAGGAGUUCCGCAAGGGCCUGACCGCUCUUGGUGACGUCUUUGUCAACGAUGCCUUUGGCACCGCCCACCGCGCUCACUCUUCUAUGGUUGGCGUCGACCUGCCCCAGAAGGCUGCCGGUUUCCUCAUGAAGAAGGAGCUCGACUACUUUGCCAAGGCGCUCGAGAACCCUCAGCGCCCCUUCCUCGCCAUUCUCGGCGGCGCCAAGGUCUCGGACAAGAUUCAGCUCAUCGACAACCUCCUCGACAAGGUCAACACGCUCAUCAUUUGCGGUGGCAUGUCCUUCACCUUCAAGAAGACUCUCGAGGGCGUCUCCAUUGGCGACUCGCUCUUUGACGAGGCCGGCUCCAAGACGGUCGGUAAACUCAUUGAGAAGGCCAAGGCCAACGGCGUCAAGGUCGUCCUCCCCGUCGACUACAUCACAGCCGACAAGUUUGACAAGGACGCCAACACCGGCACAGCCACUGACGAGACUGGCAUCCCCGACGGCUGGAUGGGUCUCGACUGCGGCGAGAAGUCGAUUGAGCUCUACAAGCAGGCCAUUGACGAGUCCAAGACGAUCCUGUGGAACGGCCCCGCCGGCGUCUUUGAGUUUGAGAAGUUUGCUCGCGGCACCAAGGCCACCCUCGACGCUGCCGUCGCUGGCUGUGAGGCCGGCAAGAUUGUCAUCAUUGGUGGUGGUGAUACGGCCACCGUGGCCGCCAAGUACAAGGUCGAGGACAAGCUCAGCCACGUUUCCACCGGCGGUGGUGCGUCGCUCGAGCUCCUCGAGGGCAAGGAGCUGCCUGGUGUCGUUGCUCUGUCGAGUAAGUAG